AUGUCAGGGCAACUGGGCUUGGAUUUGAAACAUUUUGCUUCCUCAGUCUGUGCUGAGAUUUACAACGAAGACAUCUUAGAUCUCUUGGCAGCGGGCAAGGAAAGAAGUUCUCAGAUAAGCAUUCGAGAAGACCCCAAGGGAGGCAUUAAGAUUGUAGGUCUGACUGAGCACAUGGUCUCAAGUGCCCGCGAGACCGUCCUCUGCCUGGAACAAGGCAACAACUCCCGAACGGUGGCAGCCACAGCGAUGAAUACGCAGUCCUCCCGCUCCCAUGCCAUCUUCACCGUGUGUGUGGAGCAGAAAAGCAAGGCUGACGAGAAUGUUAGCUUUCUUUCAAAAUUGCACCUGGUGGACCUGGCUGGUUCGGAAAGGCAGAAGAAGACGAAAGCGGAAGGAGAACGGUUGCGAGAAGGAAUUAACAUCAACAAAGGGCUGCUUUGCCUGGGAAAUGUCAUCAGCGCCCUGGGGGACGAAUCCAAGAAAGGCAGCUUUGUCCCUUAUCGCGACUCGAAGUUAACCAGACUUCUGCAAGAUUCCUUGGGGGGCAACAGCCACACCCUGAUGAUUGCCUGCGUGAGCCCGGCCGACUCCAACCUUGAAGAGACAUUGAACACCCUUCGCUAUGCAGAUCGGGCUCGAAAAAUAAAGAACAAGCCGAUUGUGAAUAUUGACCCUCAAGCGGCCGAGAUCAACCGGUUGAGGCUGCAGGUCCAAGAGUUGCAAGUGUUACUGCUUCAAGCCCAUGGGGGAACUCUGCCGGUGUCUCUUCGACGGAGCAGCAGAACGAGAGGUUCACCCUGAAGAUGGAAGAACUCCGAGAGCACACGGCGUUACAACUGGACCUGCCAAAGCUGCUGACAUCCGUGGAGGACGAGGAACUCAAAGAGCAGCUGGAACUAUUUGUCCAGUUACAACAAAUUAUCGCUCAGCUGCCGAAAGAAAAUCCUCCUGACAUGGACGUAACCGAACAGCAUUCCAAUUCUGCCUCCUCGGUAGACCUGGAAGCGCCCCAGUCUUCAGACGACUACGCCGCUCAGCACGCCCUCCAACAAGCUCAGAUGUCCAAGGAGCUGCUGGAACUCAACCAAGCCCUCGCUCUGAAGGAGGCCCUGGCUCGGAAACUUUGCCAGAGCGACCGCCAGCUGGAACCCAUCCAGUGCCAGUCCCAAAUAAACAUCCAGAACCUGGAAGGGGAGGUGGCCAAACUGCAGAAGGAGAAGGAAGACUUGGUCCUCGCCCUUCAGAUGACCAAGAAAGACAUCACCCAAGCCAAGCUGAGCGAGCGUCGGCGGAAACGUCUGCAGGAGCUGGAAGGGGAGAUGACCGAGCUCAAGAAGAAGGUGAAGGAACAAUCCAAGCUGCUGAAAAUGAAGGAAUCCAGCGAGCAGACCGUCUCCAAGCUCCACCAAGACAUCCGGACCAUGAAAACCCAACGGGUUCAGCUGAUUCGGGAGAUGAAGGAAGAUGCGGAGAAAUUCCGACAGUGGAAGCAGCAGAAGGACAAGGAGGUCAUCCAGCUGAAGGCCAAGGCCGCGGCGGCUAACAAGCGCUUGAAGGAAGCCCUCCAGAAGCAACAGCAGGCUGCAGCCAAACGGAAGGACGUUCACAACCGGGGAUUCGAAGCCGUCGCCUCGCGGGUGAAGUGGAGCAAGGUGGUUUUCUCCCCCCAAGAUGUCUUCUUCUCCAAACCAACCUCCACCAACUCUCUUGACUCCGUCCACAGGAGCGCCCAAAUUGCAGAUCUGCAGCAGAAAUUGCUGGACGCCGAGACCAGCGACCGGACCAAACAGCGCUGGGAAAAUAUAGCCACCAUAUCAGAAACCAAGUGUGCCGUCAAGUACCUGAUUGGUGAAUUGGUGGCCUCCAAAGUCGAAAAUGGGAAAGUAGAAAACCGCCUUCAGCAGAGCAAAACCACCUGCGCCGACGUCCAUAAGAUGCUUCUGGAAGAGCGGAAGGGGGCUGCCGACAUGGAGGCCGAGCUGGAGAGGCAGCUGGUUCAGAUGGAGCAAGAGAACCAGGAGAAG